AUGGCAAACUGCGUAAUAACGAAUCAGCAGUACAGAUAUUCUAGAACUCAAACAUGUGAAACAGGAUCUUGUUAUCCUGCAACAGGAAAUCUUUUAAUAGGUCGAGAAAGCCAGCUGAGAGCAACAUCAACCUGCGGUAUUAGAAAACAGGAAAGAUAUUGCAUCGUGUCACAUUUAGAAGGACCCAAAAAAUGUUUUUGGUGCGAUUCAAGAUAUCACAAUCAAUAUGAUAAAUCAUUGAGUCAUAAUAUAUCUAAUAUAGUUGAUAUUCAUCCUAGAGAGUUGGAUCCGUGGUGGCAAUCUGAAAACGGAGUAGAAAAUGUUUCCAUUCAAUUGGACAUGGAAGCCGAAUUUCAUUUCACUCAUUUGGUUAUUCAUUUUAAAACAUUUCGACCGGCUGCCAUGUUGAUCGAAAGGUCGCAAGACAAGGGAAGAACGUGGCACGUUUACAGAUAUUUCGCACAUGAUUGUUAUAAAGUCUGGGGCAUGAGACCAGACAUUCCUAGAAGUUUAAGUGAUGUUAUUUGCGAAGAAAAAUACUCUUAUGUCAAUCCCUCAUCCGGAGGAGAAUUGAUCUUUCGAGUUAUUCCACCUAACAUACCGGUGGAAGAUCCAUUUGCUUCCGAAGUUCAAGAACUUGUUAAAAUGACUAAUUUAAGAAUAAAUUUUACUAAAUUACAUACUCUUGGUGAUAAUUUGUUAGACAAAAGAGAAGAAAUUCAGGAAAAAUAUUAUUAUGCCAUUAAUCAUAUGGUUGUUAGAGGGUCAUGUUCUUGCUACGGACACGCCAGUAGGUGUCUUCCUCUUCCUGAAAAAGCCAACAGCUAUUAUCCUCCAGACAUGGUUCACGGUCAGUGUGAAUGCACGCACAAUACUAAGGGAUUAAAUUGUAAUGAGUGCGAAGAUUUUUAUAAUGAUUUACCGUGGAAGCCAGCUUUUGGAAAAUCACAAAAUGCUUGUAAAAGAUGUAAUUGCAACAGCCAUGCCACGUCUUGCCAUUUUGACUCUGCAGUAUUCGAAUUAACGGGUAAUGUUACCGGUGGUGUUUGCGAUAACUGUCAGCACAAUACCCAAGGACGAAAUUGCGAAGAAUGUAUUCCGUUUUACUACCAUGAUCCCGGAUACGACAUUCAAGAUCCCAACGCUUGUCAGCCAUGUGAUUGCGAUCCUAGAGGUUCUACGGAUGACGGAAUCUGCGAUUCUCAUACGGAUCCUGGAAAUGGAUUAGAGUCGGGCCGUUGUCACUGUAAACCAAAUGUUGAUGGUCGAAGAUGCGAUCGGUGUAAGGAAGGAUAUUGGAAUUUUGACGAAAACAGUCCAGAAGGAUGUCAAGCUUGCUCUUGUAACAUUCACGGAACCGUGAAUAAUCAGGGAUGUAACGUCAAUACUGGAGAAUGUACUUGUAAACGUUAUGUGACGGGUCGAGAUUGCAAUCAAUGCCUCCCUCAGUUCUGGGGCCUUUCAGAAGAUCGAGAUGGAUGCAAACCUUGCAAUUGUGAUCUCGGAGGUGCGUAUAAUAAUGAUUGCGAUGUGAUUACUGGACAAUGCCGAUGCAGACCACAUGUUGUUGGAAGAGCUUGCGAUCAACCAGAGCAAAGUUAUUUUACUGCGUAUCCGGAUUAUCUAAUUUACGAAGCGGAAUUAUCGAAGGGCUCCGGAGAUUCCCAAGUGGUUGUGUUAGAACCAAACAGAGAAGGCAGAGGAAAUAUUUGGACUGGACCGGGUUAUAUGAGAACCUUUGAAGGAUCUCAAUUAGAAUUUGAAAUUAAUAAUAUUAAAACUCCAAUGAAAUAUGAUUUAGCCGUUAGAUACUCUCCCCAAUUGCCAAACGGAUGGGAUAAUGUUAAAGUUCAUGUAGAAGGAUUACAACCAUUAGAUCCUAACGGGCCUUGUGCCGGUACAAUAUCAAAUUACGAAUCUUACGAUUUGCAUCUGCCUGUAGAAAGUCGAAGUUCGCAACUUCCGUCUCCCCUUUGUCUGGAACCCGGUAAAACAUAUAAAGUUAGAUUAGAUUUCCGAAAAUAUGAUCCAACGGUAGAAACUCCGUCGGCUUCCGUUCUUAUUGAUUCCAUAGCUCUACUGCCACGUUAUGACGAAAUUGGAUUUUAUAGAGGGUCUCCUGAAAAUGAAAUAAAUCACGAAGAGUUUAGAAGAUAUCGUUGCGGAGAAAUGUUUCAAUAUGCGAAUAAAUUUCCCAGUCGGCAAAUUCCAAAAAUUUGCUUGAAGCAUCUUCAAAGCAUCGGAGCUUUCGUUCAUGACGGUGCCUUUCAAUGUGAAUGCAAUCCCACGGGAUCAAUUUCUUACGAAUGCGAUCCUUUGGGUGGACAAUGUGAUUGUAAACCGAAUGUCGUCGGACGUCGCUGCGAUAGAUGUGCUCCUGGAACUUACGGAUUUGGUCCUGAGGGCUGUUUAGCUUGCGACUGUAACUCUUUGGCUCUGGAUAAUUUUUGCGAUCAAAUAACUGGACAAUGCAAGUGUCGACAACACACAUACGGACGAGUUUGUGAUCAGUGUCAAAUAGGAUUUUGGAAUUUUCCAAAUUGUCAACGUUGUGAAUGUAAUGGUCAUGCUGAUACUUGUGAUUUAAAAACCGGGGUCUGCAUUUCUUGUAGAGAUGCCACUUUCGGUGAUCGUUGUGAUCGUUGUAUUGAAGGAUAUUACGGAGAUCCAAGACUUGGUAUUGAUAUACCUUGUCGGCCUUGUCCUUGCCCAGGCAGUUUAGAUAGUGGUCAUUCUUUUGCAUCGCGAUGCUUUUUAGAUCCUAAAACUCACGACGUUGUUUGUAAUUGUCACAUUGGAUAUUCAGGGUCUCGGUGUGACGUUUGCGCGGACAAUUAUUACGGUGAUCCCGAACUUCCUGGAGGCUCUUGCCAAGCAUGUAACUGCAGUAACAACGUUGAUAUCACCAGACCAGGAAACUGCGAUCCUAAAACGGGACACUGUAUACAGUGUUUGUUUAAUACCGAAGGAGAACACUGCGAAAAAUGCAAAGAAGGCUACUACGGUGACGCCAUUAAUCAGCAAUGUAGAGAAUGUGUUUGCGAUUUGUUGGGAACCAACGCUACUGCCGGACCUUGCGAUAGAACAACAGGACAAUGCCCUUGUCUUCCAAACGUAAUAGGUUUGUCUUGUGAUACCUGUAAAGAAAAUCAUUGGAAAAUCGCAAGUGGAAAUGGUUGCGAACCAUGUGGAUGUGAUCCGGUUGGUUCUUACAGCGAACAAUGUAAUUAUUUUGAUGGACAGUGUAAUUGUGCACCAGGUUUUGGAAGCAGACGAUGUGAUCAAUGUCAGGCGUACUUUUGGGGAGACCCCAAAGUACAAUGUCAUCAGUGCGAGUGCGAUGUAAAUGGAUCGGCGACAUUACAAUGUCAUAGAAACAAUGGAAGUUGUAUUUGUUUAGAGGGAAUUGGUGGUAGCAAAUGUGAUAAAUGUGCAAGAGGUUAUCUCGGCGUGGCCCCUGAUUGUAGGUUUUGCGGAGAGUGCUUUAAAAAUUGGAAUGACAUUUUAGAAGAUCUCAUUGUUCAAUCCGAAAAAGUAAUUUUAUCGGCAUCGAAUAUCAAAAAUGUCGGAGUUCAAGGAGCUUACACACACAAGUUUUUGGCAAUGGAAAAGAUACUAGAUGACGUACAAGAUCUGUUGAAAAAUAUGAAUAUGUCAGCUCGCGAAUUAGCCACAACAGAAAAUUUAAUUACGCCCCUUAAAAAUAAUUUACUCGAGGCUGCAGAAAAAUUAAACGAAACCGGAAAAGUGUUGGAAACUACGGAACAGCAAAUCAAAUGGGUAGAUUUAGAUUUAAAUAAACUUACGGAUCAAAUGAAUGUUUUAUUGGUGGCAACCAAGGAAUUAAAGGAAAAUGCGACUAAACUUCAAGAAGCCAACGUCGAAGGUGCUUUGAAUCUUACGAGAAAAGCUCAAAAACAAUCAUUAGAUGCUGAAAUAAAAGCAAUACAAAUAUUUGAAAAUGUAUUAGCUAAUUCCGAACGUCAAUGUAAAAGAGCAAUGACUCUCUACAAUCGUUCAAUUGAUGAAGUUAAUAACAUGAGACACAAUAAUGAGAGAACAAUAGCGAGUUUGAAAAAUCGAUUGGAGAGUUUGAAUGAAAAAAUACCCAAACUCAAUGAAAUGGUUUGUGGGAAAAACGAGGUUUGCGAUGAAACUUGCGGCGGUGCAGGUUGCGGAACGUGCGGAGGAAUUUCAUGCGAUUCCGGAGCAGUUACCAAAGCGAAUGCUUCAUUCGAAGUCGUCAAGAAAACGGAUCAAAUCAUUAAGGAAAAAGAAGAAAAAGCGGAAGAAUUAUUGCGGGGGGUCGCCCAAGCAAAGCAAGAAGCUUCAUCUGCUUACGAUGCUGCUCAAGAUGCUUUAAUGACGGCGGAAAAUGCUAAAAACGGUUCGGAAAAAGCUAUAAAGGAAUCAUCGGAAUUUUUUUCAAAUCUCGAAAAAUUUUUUAGCACUCCCGGUGCUAAACCUGGCGACAUAAGAGCAGCAGCAGAAGAGACUCUUCAAAUGGAUAUCAAUCGAGAACCGGAACAAGUGCGAGAAUUAGCUUUGAAAAUAAAUAACGCUGUUGCCAAAUUGACGAACAUCGAUUCGAUUUUGGAAGAAACAAAUGCCGACAAAAAGACAGCCGGUAAACUUAAAGAAGAAGCUGUUAAAGUGAAAACGGAUGCCGAAAACAUAUUAAACGUUCUUGAAAAAGUGAAUCAGGCUUUGGAGGAAGCUGGAGAUGCUCAACAAAAAGCAGGAGAUGCUAUACAAUUAGCUAACAUUGACAUAGCUGCUGCCGAAGACGAUCUGACUCAGAUAACAAGCGAAUCGAGUGCGGCAAAAUCAAAAGCAAACGAAACGAUGAACACGGUCAAAGAUUUGAACGGACGUUUAAAUACUCUCAAAAGAAGAUUUUUGAAAAAUCAACUGAGCGCAUCGGAAAUCAAAGAGGAAGUCGAUGCUGUUUCCAAGGAUGCCAACAACACUUUGGCGGAAGUUCAAAAAUUACAAGAUCAAUACGGCGUGGCAGAAGAAAAAUUGAUGAACAGAGCUGGUAAAAGUUACACGGCGAAAGAAAGAGCUCAAAGGUUAUUCGAUAGAGCGAGUCAAUUGUUUGUCAAUACAAACGCCAAAGAAAAAGAUUUGAGAGGUUGUUGUUGUUGUUGUUGUUUUAAUUUUUAUUUAGAAAAAUGGUACGAAGAAAAAGAAAAAAUGUUUGAAAGUUUAAACGAUGAAAUGAUGAUGCUGUCGAAUAAAAUGGACGAAUACAUAACGAAAAUAAGCAGUCGUUCGAAACACUACAGCGAAUGCGUUUCGUAG